GCUGGAUCUGCUGCUGCUGCUGCUGCUGCUGCUCACUGUUUGCCUGUGAUGAAAUGAAAUGCCACAAUUGGGCUACCUCCAGGGAGAGCCUCUACAUUCUAUAAUGUGAGCCAGCCAGCAGCUCUGUGGGACCAGGGAGACGUUGCAUCCAUCAAAGCUCCAGAGGACCAGACGCCGUCCAACGGGAGGAGACUGAUCUCUUUUUUUAAAAUAGCUUUCUGUGGUGUAAAGAGAAGGGAUUGUCGUCAUCCCAUCCAUCCUUCUCCCCCUUCUCUGGCGCCCCCUCCUUCCUCCUCUGCCUCUACACUUGCUCUUCCUCCUCAUUCUGUGUCAGAGGUGUGCGUUGGAAUAACAAACCUCCAUGUAUGACAAUUUGUAUCUGCAUGGAUUUGAAGACUCGGAGGCGGGCUCAGCUGAUUCAUAUACUAGUAGACCAUCAGACUCAGAUGUCUCUCUGGAGGAGGAGCGUGACGUGCAGGCCCAGGUCCAGAGCCAGAGCCCAAGCCAGAGCCAAGGACCGGGACAGAGCCGACAGGAGCGGGAGCAGCAAGCCACCAUCCAGCUCGAGAGAGCCAAGACCAAACCUGUAGCGUUUGCCGUGAGGACCAACGUCAGCUACUGUGGCGCUCUAGAUGAGGAUGUUCCAGUUCCCGCCACAGCCAUCUCCUUCGACGCCAAGGACUUCCUCCACAUAAAAGAGAAAUUCAACAACGAUUGGUGGAUUGGACGCUUGGUGAAAGAGGGCUGCGAGAUCGGUUUCAUCCCCAGCCCCCUGAAGCUGGAGAACAUCAGGCUCCAGCAGGAGCAGAAAAGAGGACGAGUCCAAGGUAAGUCUGGAGGGAACUCCUCUUCCAGUGUAGAGGAUGAGGUGUCUGCCUCUAUCCGACCCCUCAUAUCCUCGGCAGGAAAGCAGAAACAGAAAGUGACGGAGCACAUCCCCCCAUAUGACGUUGUUCCCUCCAUGAGACCAGUGGUGCUGGUGGGACCCUCGCUCAAGGGUUAUGAGGUGACUGAUAUGAUGCAGAAAGCACUCUUUGACUUUCUCAAGCACAGAUUUGAUGGAAGGAUAUCAAUCACUAGAGUCACUGCAGAUAUAUCUUUAGCCAAGAGGUCCGUCCUCAACAACCCCAGCAAGCGGGCCAUUAUAGAGCGGUCCAACACCCGUUCCAGCUUAGCUGAAGUGCAAAGCGAAAUUGAGCGGAUUUUUGAGUUGGCCCGCUCACUGCAGCUGGUAGUGCUGGAUGCCGACACCAUCAACCACCCUGCCCAGCUCCUAAAGACCUCCUUGGCUCCCAUCAUUGUCCACGUCAAAGUGUCCUCGCCAAAGGUUCUGCAGAGGCUAGUCAAGUCCAGAGGGAAGUCCCAGAGCAAACACCUGAAUGUCCAGCUUGUGGCUGCAGACAAACUUGCUCAAUGUCCUCCAGAAAUGUUUGACAUCAUUCUGGAUGAAAACCAGCUAGAGGAUGCCUGCGAGCAUCUUGCAGAAUACCUUGAAGCCUAUUGGAAAGCAACACAUACCUCCAUGGCAACACCCCUAAACCCCUUGAUGGGACGCAACCUAGGCUCCAGCACCCUCACGGCAUACCCUACCAGCAUCUCUGGACUGCAGAGCCAAAGAAUGCAACAGAACAACCACACGGGCGACCAUUCUACAGCGAACGAGCGUCGUAACCUGAUGACGUCUGAUGAAAACUACCAUAAUGAACGGGCACACAAGGGACGCAAUCGAAUGUCAUCAGGCUCGCAGCACAGCCGAGAGGCACAGGACCCCUACCAGGACUACCAGGACCCCUAUCAGGAUGCAUACAAGCCACACCGCAACCGCAGUUCCCCAGGCAGCUACAGCCAUGACUCCCGGCAUCGGCUCUGAACCCAGUUGAAUCAUCACGGGUGCCCAGAUAUUCCAAAUUCCACCCAUAAAUGAUCGCUACCACAGAGCCAAGAUUGUCCCAAGUUUUCCUUAUUUUCAGGAAGGUUAUUUGUGUAUGAAACCUCCAAAACAUUCACAAAAAUGUAUUUGAGUUUCAUGAUGCCCACCCAACUACUGAAGCUUCUGGAUCACGCUCGGAAGACAUGUUGCAUUGAUUGUGCUUACUGCCAUCAGCAGUGGUCACACAGUGCUGAUGUGAUGUCACACCAGUGGGAGGGUGGUCCACUGGACACCUACCACUUCCCUAACCAUGUAAAAAAAAAACUCACCUUUUAGCUUAUUGCAUGCUAAUAGAUGAUGAACGUCUGCUUCCUUCCUUCAUAGAUCUUUUGUAUCUAUCCUGUAGGUCAGAUUUUCUUAAAGACUAGAUUGUAGACACGUGGUCUGGGGUGGGCUUGAAAGCGGGUGUAUUGGCAUUUGUCUACCGUGCUGCGAGUUGAAAAAUUGGUGCUUCACAUUCUUGAACAAUUUUGGUCAUUGAACGUUACUUCUUGAAUCGCAUAGCUUUGGUGGUUCAUUUAGAGGGAAAGACUGCUGCAAACAGGUCAGAAUGAAAUGGAGAAAGCAGUGCUCUACUUCUUCUGUAAUCAGUUUUGAAGCUCGAAUAAUACUAUUUGGAGAACUUUUAAAGAGCUUCUGCUUGAAAAGUUUCAAUUUGAUAGCAUUUAAAUGAAGUUUUUUUUUUUG